AUGGCAGAAUUCGACGAGGAUGCGCUACUAAAUCGCCAACAAUCGGGCUCUCAUGAGGAUGUCGAUCCUACCGAGGAAACUCAGGACUUUCGGUUCUUAGCCAACAUUAUCUCACAAUCCAGUAGUCAGUUACCGAAGCGGGGUGAAAAGGAUUUUGAGCCUCAUGGAACCAAGCACCAGGAAGGCAUAUUAGAAGCAAGUCGAAAUGCUAUGCACGCCGCUCUGGCCCACACUCGAAGCCACAAUCCAAAGAAUCAUGUCAGAGGCUUUUACUUCGGCGAUGAGUAUGAGGGCGUUUGCAAGAUAGCAAGACAAGGCCUGUACGAUGACCACGUUGUGCUUGUACAGCAGGCUAAGGGGCCACAUUUUAAAACUAUAGGGAAAAUGACGACGGGUCAGAAAACUCCUUCGCUCUGGCUCUUACCAGAGGAGGCUCUCUACUUGAUAGAGCGUGGAUUUUUAGAUCUCUGUUGGCCUGCAGGUGAAGAAAACGUCGGGGAAAGCGAUAACAAGGAAGUAGAACAUGAGAGUGACAGAAAUGAAACAGGCUUACCAUUGAGUCUUCAAGCAGCUUACGCUUUAUUAAUAGGAGACGAUGAUGAAAAGGGUAAAGUAAGCCUCCACAGAUAUAUGGUAUAUGCAAACCUCCGGAGGACAGGCUAUAUUGUUCUCCGCGCACCUGAAUUUGACCCUAUGGUGCAUGAUAUGACCCAGGCAUCUAAAUUAAGUCACUCCAAUUUUCAAGCCAGCAUCUUCCACAGGCUUUUUGGCCGCCUAUUUACGGACAGAAUUGAUCGUAACGAAUUCGAAUCGCUGGUCCAAGCAGGUAUGUAUCGAUCGUAUAGUGACAUAUACAGACAGAUAACCAUCAUUCAACGACACAAGCCACAACCGGCUCGUUCGACGGCACUUCCAAAUUUAGAAGAUCCGUAUCGGGUGGUAUUCUAUCUAUGGAAGGCGGACAGGAUGCUUACGUUUUCAAAGAGAAAUCCAAGUCCGCCGGACUUUCGUCUUGCCAUCGUAGACGCUCAAACAGAAUCCGUUCCGUCUCUAAUGCAGAUAACUUCACUACUAGAAAGUACACAAUUUGCCCCGCCUAAUAUACAAUCACUCGCGGGAGCAGGAAAGAUAUAUCAACGGUUGAAACAUGGAUGGCGAAGUGUAAUAUUAGCAGUUGUUGAUCAGGGAGUGAUAAGUUUCUUGAAGCUGGGAGAAUCAGCUUUUGGGGAAGAAUUAAUGUAUGAACGGUUUGACGGCGGCGCUUCAAGUAGAGGAGGUAAGCGCGGCGGCUAUCGUGGAAGGGGUGGGAGAGGAAGAGGUCGUGGUCAUAGUCGUGGCACAUAA